AUGGUGGGAUCUUUUAUAAGUGCAUUUCUAGUCGCUGCUCUGCAUGCCAUCUUCUACCAGGUGCUUACAGGGACGCCUACUGACGGUCCCGAAUCACGAGUCCCUCAGACAUACGAGACGACUAUCUCGGUCAUUUUGUCGAGCACAUUCACCUUGCUAGUUCAUUUCUGCCUGGGCCUUUCUUUCACGCAAUAUCUAUGGUAUAUACUCCGACGCCAGCCCCUCGCGAUCUUAACCAUCGAACAUAUCUUUACCCUGCGCUCGAACCCUUUAUCAUUAUUCGAUAGAACAGUAUUUCGAAGGGCGCGUCCUCUUGUGAUGGUCGCUAUCAUUUAUUGGUUCGCUUCUAUUGCGAUGAGUUUCCCGCCAGGUGCAAUUACUGUGGUUUCCAGUCUCCAGGAAGUUCACGUUCUGAACGCCGAUGUUCCCACGUUCAAUGCCUCGGAUUUCGGGGACAUGACCCUCGACUCGAUCAGAGAGAAAUCUUUGUUCAGUUUCACUGGAUUUAUUGGCUCUCCCGCUAAGGGCUUCCAUGAAAACGACCCGCUUUCCCUGGCUCUCGAUUAUAAUCUCAAGCCUGCACUUCAUGGCAUGAUUCACAGGACUAUUCUGGCAAAGCGUGUUGAGGGUGCUUCAUCAACAUGCUCAGCGAAUUGCUCCUACAGUCUGCAUUUCACUGGUCCAUAUCUUCAAUGUACCGUGAUUACCCAUACCAGCACGUUACCGAAUGAGAACAGCAUGAUUCCCAUCUUCAAUUCAUCUACUGAGCAAUCUUCAAUUCAGUAUGACUUCUACGAUGAUCCUAAAAUCAAGGACCCGCCGUCUCACAGUUACAUUACAAUAUCGACAUCUUCGCCCCACAAUAUUAGCAAAGGCUCGCCCGUCGAAGGCGAUGAUGAGGCAUAUCCCGAAUGGAGGAUAGACAUGAUCAAUCAUCACUGGACCUGUAUUCCAUCACGGGCAGACUACACUGUCCUCACGGCCUACAAGGAUAAUGUCAGAUCUCUCGAGGUCAAUAUCGAUGAAAGUUCCAUUGAACCUCUAAUGCCUGCUCCGCCAUCUUUCAUUGAUGUUGAUCGUGAGAAGCGCAAUUUCUCAUUGCCCUUGAAUUCCGCCGUGGCACCAAUCCUGAGAGAUGCUAAUCUCUACAGCAUCAUAACUCCUGUGAUGAAAACUAUCUCGGGCUCAUUUAACGCCUCAUGGGAUUUUCACGCAGAUGAUAAUGACUCGGAUAGCAUCGACUAUUACAAUUUCACAACCACAUUCCCACCGAAUGUCCUCAGCAGGAACUCCGACGACUUUUUCCGCAAUAGCACCGAUGACUACAUGACUAUUUUGCCAAUCGCUCAGUACUUCUCUGGUGUCCAGAUUUCGCCCUCGUUUUCCAAUAUAACAGUCAACAAUGGCGGCCUCUUCACAAUAAACGAAGCCAGUAUCAAUGCCAUGCUGCAAGACGUGGUUCUAUCUAUCAUCAGCUACCAACCCAAUAAAUGGACAACGAAGGUAAAUCAAACACGCAAUGAGAUCCGCAAUAUUUACACCUUUUCGCGCCCACUCAACCUAUUUCUCCCAUACGGCUUGAUGCUUCUGGGCACUCUGUGCGCCAUGGCUUUUGGCUUUUACGCUUUAAGCUCGAACGGUGUCCCUGCGACGGAUGGCGGAUUUCUUCAACUUUUCACCACUGCUCAAAGAAGUGAAACUGUCGAUCGAAUUGCGCGGGGUGGAUGUUUGGGCGGGGAGGAGAAUGUUCCCACGACACUGAAGGAUCUGAAGAUACAAUUCGGCGAGCUAGUUGAGACAAACGAUUCAGAAAGAGCAGUGCUCUCGACGGCAGGAUUUGGGACUGAGCAUGAAGUUCCUCCUUUAAAGAGGGAGCGAAUUUAUGGUAGCCUAUGA